UUCAUAUACAACGGUAUAGACAAAGACAUAAACAACACAAAAAUAAAAAGACAAAAAUAAACAACAAAAAAAGACGACAUUUUACAGUGCCAGAGUUUGUGUUAUAUGCAGCAUAUCAAAUUCGCCAAGUAACUUAAAAGUCUUAAUAGCUUCUUUUUUUGUUUUGAUUUUAAGAUGAGAUAAAAUGGUGCUAUAUUGUUUCAAUUCAUUAAUAAGGUGCAGGACAUUUGGCUUGGUCCCUGACCGUUUCUUCUUGUGAAUAUGGCAUUUUCCAGAAAUAAUAACUAGUUGUGUGACAUGCAGCAUGUUAUUUCCAACAUUGUCUUUACUAAAACGUAGCCUUGCAUCAGACAUCUGUAAUUCAGCAUGAUGUGAAGUAGUCUCCCUUUCAGAGUGUCUGCGAACGUUCUCAUCCAUCCGGGUCAUGCUUAUCCAAAGGAGUCGAAACAAGCGCAGCUGGACUUGGUUGCCCCUUUUGACGUCAUUGAGAUUUUCACGGACACAGUCGCGCUCGAGUCAACUCCUCUGGAGCCCCCCUUUUUUUUUUUUUUAGAAAGUUGGCCGCAUUACCCAGAAUGGACGGGAGGGGGCGCACCGGGCUGUCUGCAGCGAGCGAGACGUGGGCGGCGCCAAGCCGCCCGCGACUAGCUCGCGUCCGGAGCGUUAGCCGUCUGGGCUAAUCAUGGCGGCCGCCGUCUCUCGGGCUGACGUCCAGAUUGAGCGCUUCCUGGGCCGCCAGACGGGAUUGUGUCGGGUCUGAGCCGGUUCAUCAGCCUUGCAUAGGUUUAGUUGUGACCCCUGGAUGUCCGCAGAGGCUGUGGGGCUGACCAUGGUGGUCUGAAGAGGGGAGACUGGCACAACGCGAAUUCAUUGAGACACAAAAAGGUGUGAGAAGGAGAAGAGAAGAGAAAAGGCGAAACGAGGCAGUGGAAACUAAAUUGACAAUGUCCCAAAACAGAAAACUGGUGGAUUACUAUAUAAACUACAAACUCUCACAGAGAAACUAUCCACUCAACCACAUCGGGCUCUCAGAGUCCCCAAACAGGACUGAAGGUGGGGGGCAGGCCGGGGCAGCCGAGGAGCAGCAAGUAGAGACGCACGCCAAUGGGACCGUCAACGGAACGAGUCCCGGGACUCCCCAAGCAUCCCCACUCAGACGGCAGCGGUCGGCAUCGAGCACGGAUGCCGCAACGGGCCUUGACGAGGUGAAGGAGGCUCUUCGGGACUCAGCCAACGAGUUUGAGCUGCGCUACGCCCGAGCCUUCAGCGACCUGUCCUCCCAGCUGCACAUCACGCCGGCCACCGCCUACCAGAGCUUCGCCAGUGUGAUGGACGAGGUGUUUAGAGACGGCGUCAACUGGGGCCGCGUGGUGGGGCUGUUUGCCUUCGGCGGGGCACUGUGCGUCGAGUGUGUGGAGAAGGAGAUGAGCCCCCUCGUGGCCAGGAUCGCCGAGUGGAUGACGGUCUACUUGGACAACCACAUCCAACCCUGGAUCCAAAGCCAAGGAGGAUGGGAGCGGUUUGCAGAGAUCUUUGGCAACGACGCGGCGGCAGAGAGCAGGAAGUCUCAGGAGAGCUUCAGGAAGUGGCUCCUGGCAGGGAUGACCUUGGUGACAGGGGUUGUGGUGGGGUCCCUCAUUGCCCAGAAACGUCUGUGAGAGCUGAAAGAAGACAAGAACCAACACCCCCACCCCUCAACAUGCAUAUUCCCGCACACACACACACAUGCACGCACGUACGCACCCAUGCACACACACACAGAUGCGCACACAUGUACCCCUUAACCUACAGAACGUAAAGCUUCAAAUGAAGGAUCUCUUUGGCGUCUAUCCUCUCCUCUAGCGCUCUUUUACUUUGCCAAGAACUGCUGAAGUUUACAUUUGUUUUUCUCUUGAUGCACUGAGAGAGAGUGGUGGAACUUUUGAGAGAAAACGAGAGCAAGCAUGAAGACGAGGGAGAGAGAGACGCUGUUGUUUUUCUUGUUUUAUGUUCAACUGGACUCCAACCCCAACAAUCCUCGUGAAGGGCGGGACACCGACUGGUCCCUGUACCCUCCUGACCUACUGUAAUGAAGAAUUUUAACAAUUGUUUUUUGAGUUUUACAGCACCCUCUAGGUGUGAUUCCUUUUUUUCCCCCCCGGAAAGGACAAAACUGGUCCCAGUCUUUAAAAAAAAAGAAGAAAGAAGAACAAGCGUGUGUUGUUGAGCCAAGUUAGCUCCGAGUCUCCCAAAAUGAUGACGUGUAGCUGGGCUCUUGGUCCCACAGACACCUCUGCAAUAGUUAUUGUACGUGCCAUAUGGAGAGUGAACGCUGGGGAGAUGCACCACCUGCCCACCCUGUACAAAGGAGGCGCUCCGAGCAGCACAGCUUUUGUGCUUCCCCAUUUCCCGCCACUUACCCUUUUUCAUCGCAGCAACAUUCAAGAUCACCUUCCACGUCUCCGUACACUGAUAACUUUGGCUUGGUCACGCCUUCUCCUUCUCCAUCCUCCUACACCGGCGUGAUCAGACAAGACACUAAUUCAGCGGACAUAAAGGGGAAGGGCGUGUUUAAAGACCAAACUGGCAACCGAGUUCUUCGUUAGUAUGUGUGUGUGUUUUUUGGUGUGUUGGCUUUCACCUCCUGUACUUUGAAAUCCCGGCGCUCCCGCUGAGCUGUGGUUUAUGGUAGUGCGCGCCGACUUCCGCCCCAUUGGGCCGGGUCAGUGGGUCAACUAAGCAUAAACUGCUGUGCAUGGCAAUACGAGGAGAAUCGGUAUGGCUGCUGCGGAGUCUGCACACGUGGCUGAGAUGGUCACGUUCUCCCGAACCGUAGCAAAGGACGCAGCGAAUACAGUAGCAGCACACGAUAGAUUCAGCGGCGCUCUGGGGACACGGACACAGACGUCCGGUCAUAGGUUAAAAGGGAAACAAAGGACAGCAACACCAACAGCGCUAACGAUUCUUUAAACUUAACAGCAGUGGUCACGGAUGAAGGUUGGACGUCUGUCACGUUGUCGUUUGUCAAUCAAUAAUUUGCAAUAAAAUCCCGCUCGCGCGGGAUGAUGUGCAGAUGUAACGGGGGUGAGGGUUGGGGUAUCGCAGGUAGCAGCGGGGGGGUGGGGGGGUGGUGGCCAUAAUGGCCGAGUCCAAUAAUCCUUUGUUUCCUUUGAUCCUUUAUGAUUUACUUUGGAAAUGUGCAACUUGUCAGAUACAUUGUGUGUUAAUGUAACCACAGCGAGCAGCAUUGCCUUUGAUAUUUUAUGUAGCAAACUAGUUUUGUAACGAAUGAUGCAGCUGUCUUAACAGAUGUGCCGCUCUGGCCCGCAAGCUGACGGGGUGGCCGUGAAUGUGUCGGUCUGCAUCUCAAGGGUCCGAUACCCCAAAACUGCAAAUACUUUUUUUUUGUCUUAAAUCUAUCUGUACUCUUCUCCACCACCACCACCACCCCUCCUCCCCCAAAAGUCUGUCACUUCUCCAUCUCGCCGCAUCUUUACCUCACCACCCAACAAACCUCCCACCACCACCACCACCACCACCCAUUCCUCUGUGAUCUGCAGCAGCCUGUCACGGCAGGUAGUCAUGUGUGUCAGUCACCGCUGGACCACCUGCUGCUACACACACACACACCCCUCGCAGGCAUGGUGCGCAGGAGAGUGGAAGAAGGCUGCCCCGUCGUUUCAAUUCCCAGACAUCUUUAAUUUAAACACGGUGUCACUCAAGAGAGCUGCCUGUCAGCCGGCGUUCGGCAUCGCGCUCCCGACGGCUGGCAUCUGGAUUAAUCUGCUAGGGAGCGGCGAGGGGAGAGGGAAGGGGGGAGAGCAGGAAAAGAAGGGAGGAUCCGAGGGGGAAGGAAGGGUUUGGGUUUGAGCGACAGGAAGCUGCUCCUCCCUGUUCUCUCCAUCCCCCCCCCCCCCAACACUUUGGCCUUGAUGUCAUUAUAACGGCACGCCCCCUCUCGAGGCUUGCUGCCGCUGCCACUCACGCACUCUCACGUGUGCGUUGCCCCGCCGUUUGUUCCGCCUCAUUUACAUAUGGAACACAAUAUUUACCACGUCUUUGAUAACCGGAACAUCGAGCACAUCGCAGGCUCACGUUCCUCAGUGGGCAGAGGUGCAGGGGAGGCGCCACAAUCCUGUGCCUGUUUCCUUGAACCCGUUUAAAGACUUUGAGAGCCCUUUUCUUAUGCCGACCGGUGAGGUGUGUGGCUGCAAGGCCGACAGGUGUGCUUUAGUCAGGGAGACGGCUGAACCUCUGUGCGUCCGGCCUAAGGGAUGAAACCGGGGAGCAGGAGGAGGUGGUGGUGGUGGACGGAGUGGACCUGCUCUCACUCUGCAUGGAUGAAACGUCCAUGAUCACACCAGUCACAUCAGUCACAGGACCCAACCGCCAGCUGUGCCUCCUGUCCACACAGGAGUCCCCCCCCCCUCACUCUCGCUCAUUCUCACUCUCGCUCUCACUCAUUCUCUCUUCCUCUCUCACUCUCGCUCUCACUCAUUCUCUCUUCCUCUCCCACUUGCUCUCACGCCCUGGUUAUUUCUCUUGCUCAUUCUCUCCCCCUCUCUCCCUCUCUCUCACUCACUCUCCCUUGCUCUCUCUCGCUGCCUCACUUGCUCGCUCUCUCUCUCUCUCUCUCUCUCUCUCUCUCAUUUGAAUAGUGUGGCUCUGCCAUUCUGCUAAUGCUCAUUUCACAUUUCCAUAGCACAGUCACCCGGUCGUCAGAGUUCAUCCACCCACAUGUUCUCCAGACUUCCCCGACCGAAUAUUGUCAUCCUCUUUCUUGUUCUCCAGUUGGGUGUUUUAUUUUGUGCGUGUGCGUGCGUGUGUGUGCACGUGUGUGAAUGUUGUUAUUUUCCCCCGAUCUGUUUGUGGGGGGACACGUUUCUUGCCUAAAUAAAGUCUCCAUUCUGUUGGUGGGUGAUCCGGUCACGGUCCUGUCCGAGCACACGAUCCUAUCCGCCGAGCUCUGCUCCGAUACAUUCCAGUACAGUAAAUAUAUUUUUCUAGCGUAUUCUCUACAAGAAACUGCUUGCAGGCUCUUCUCUGCCGAGUUCCUCCCCCUCCUACGUGAGCGUGUGUAUGCAUGCGUGUGAAUUACUGUAUGGCAAAAAAAAAAAAAAACAAACAAACAAGGAGUCUUAACAGCAUUGGCACGACACUAUACGUAUACUAGUUAUUUAAACUGAUUAGAAUAGUGGACUAGCUUAGUAAUAUAUUUAAGGAAUAAAAAAAAAUCAUUGAUGGCUUUGAAACAUUAUUUAUAUUUGGUGUAAAAAAAAAAGAAGAAGCAUCCUUUGAAUGGCCUUAAACAUUGCAUUGAUGUGAAUUGUUAUUGUGUUUUUAGGGUUUAUUGGACUCCUACUAGACAAGAAAAUCCAAAACCAGCAAGAAGCAUUCCUUUGUCCCAAAUAGCGGCCCUCUCGUGUAUUCUCAUUGGCUCAGCAGUACUAACUGGCUCGGGAGUACUAAUCGGCUCGGGAGUACUAACUGGCUCGGGAGUACUAAUUGGCUCAGGAGUACUUAUUGGCUCGCCACGUCCGAUGGUCGAUUUGUUUGUUUUAAAUGCCAUCGUGAAAUUUGACCUGAAUAAAGACCGUGCUGGAAGA